AUGUUAAUGAUCGUUGUGGUAAUGGUGAUAGCUGCUUCAGUGAUUCCAUCGGUUGGCGCAGUAAAUGCUAGUGUUAAUGUUGAUUACGCGAAACAAGGCAAUUGCAACUCUUCUAUUCUGGUCCGAGUUGGGGAUUACUGCGAUUUUGUGGUGACAAUAACCAUUCCAUAUUCGACCGGCCCAAGUGUCUCAACGGAUCUUAGCGUGGAAAUCAUCAUGCCAGAUAAUGAUACUGCUGUUAUGCAAGUAUCAAAACCUCAAAUAGCAUAUGUCGGUAGUAAUUUCGCCAACACACAGAGUAUCUAUGAUCCCUCAAUAACGAUGACAUCAGCAAUGAAUACAUCACAAUUUAAUGAUGCUCGUAUUGAUUUUGGAACUGUAGUUAACAGUGGUUUAUAUGCACCGACUAACGAUACACAAAGCGUCAUUCAAAUCGGUUUUCGUAGUGUGGUGAUUAGCAAUCCUUCUUAUCAAACGAAUGGAUCUCAAUAUUGGGUUACUGUCGGUAUCGAAUAUAAUAAUGCUUCGGAGAUUUGGAUCGGUCAAGCUUUGUUCAUCUUUGCAAAUGCUUCGGGCGGUACAAUAGGCCCAUUAAGUCUCGGCACAAUUAACAACUCAACUUUACAGUUUGCACAAGGUUCACCAUUCUCGUUAGCAGUUCCGGUCAAUUACAAUGCCACGUACGCGUCCAACUUUGUUUUCACAAUUAAAAACAAUAAUCCAUCGCAAAUCGGGCUUUGUUCUGCUUAUAUUCAAACUGCGAGUAGUGGUUUUCAACAUUUACCAACAUUAGGCUACGAAAUAUCCGUCAACUUAACAUCCGCAUUGGUAAACAAUCAAAUUACAAUCACUCUUGGUCAAAUUGUUAAUACACAAUCGUAUAGUGGAUCAGCAUCAACUCUGUAUAUUACUGUGUACGGUCGUGUAUUCAAAACCGACGGUGUCAGCUCAUAUACCGUUGGUACGCUGACUGCUCAAGCAACGUCAUCCAGUUCGACGGUGUCACAAACAUAUUCAAUUUCCGCGUUACCAAGCGUAGCUCCAUAUGCUAUUAACGGGUCGCUACCAACAUUCUCCAUCACUCAACAAGCGAGUUCAGUGGGCAUCUAUCAAUCAUUAGUAAUGAAAGUAACAAUGGUUAUUCCAAGUGGUUUUGUUGCUCCAGUUGUUAUUGAAUUGAACGGCGCAGGAAACUCUUCUACAUCGUCAUUGAAGUCAUGUUCGGUAUUAAUCCAAUCCGCUGGUGAAAAUGUGGCUGGUUCAAAUCCUCAAUGUGCUGACACAAGUAUCUCUCGACGAACCUACUCAUCAAGUGUUAAUUCGACUAUCUACGAUCAACUAUCGUAUGAUUACGGUGUGAUACAAAAUACAGGCGUACGUCAAAGUUCCUAUUCUGAUGACGUCAAUACAUUAGUACUUAAUGCGAUUUUUCAAGUGAUGAAUACAACUGAAACUGUUCUUUGGCCAACCGUGGCUAUGACUUUGGGAAACAAUACAAUUUGGCUUGGAAAUGCUGCUUACAAUGUCACGCCUAUCAGUUACAACUCAACAUCGCUCACUCAACCAACUUUCAGCUUAUCCUAUGAAAACAAUGUAACAACUAAUCAAUCAGCAACAACGUUGGGUUAUACACGUUUAUUCUAUUACGAUAUUUUCACGCAAGCAGGUGGUCUCUACACACCGAUGACAGUACGAAUUACAACUAAUGAAUCAUCUCCUGGCAGUGGUCAACCAGCUGCAAGUAUAUGUUUGGUUCAAGUUCUAUCUGUCGGAACGAAUCUUCCAUGUUUAAUACCAACGUACUACAAUCAACCUCAAUCACCAUUUAUAACCUAUGCUUCGAGAUAUAACCAACGGAAAAAUGACACAGCUUAUAUUCAAUUGGGUCCAUUAUGCAAUUAUCAAUCCACACAAACGGAUAGUUCCCUCGGUCAAAUUCGCCUUGGAGUAUAUGUGAAAAUUGAAAAUGCAUUAGGCGAUGGACAAUCCACAUAUGUUAGUCUUGAUGUUUAUUACGCUCCGACCAAUAUCUGGGUUGGACAAAUACUUUUCUCUGGAAGUCAACUCGUUACUCCACCAAAUGUUAUUGGAACACCUGUAUUGUUUGCAUUGAACACCAGUGCACAAGCGUACACAAUAAAUGGAUUAACCGUUGCUAAUUAUGCUUUGAAAGUUCCAUCUGGUUCUUAUGGAGCAUAUUCAUUAUUGAACAGUGCUAUUACUAAUGAAGCCAAUCAACAAACAAGUGUAUGUCGGGUUGAUAUAUCCCCACAACGUGGUAGUAAUGUUCCGUGUUCAAAUGAUGUCUCUUCGGUAUUUACGUAUAAUACAAAUGGAGCAUCCGCAAUAGCAACAACAAAUCUUGGUUUGAUAUGUAGCAUUGGUUCAAAUACUUCAACCGUCAAUGCAUCGUUAUCAGUUGAUUCAGAUACAGUAAUUAUUCAAGUGUAUCUCCUUGCGACAGCACAAUCGGCCUCUACGUUCAAUUUACAAUUAUCGAAUUUAGUACCAUCUGGCCAAUCCGCAUUGGCAUCAAUAAUAUCAUCAUUUACUAGCGGUUCAACCAGCUCAUUUGGAAAUCCGUUAACAAUCAACCCACUAAAUGCAUCAGUCUAUGAACAAAUGAAUGACACAAACAACGGCUCAUUCGCUUAUCUUGGCCAAGAUGUUUCUAUUCGUACACAAUUUGUUCUUGCUCUAAAUCUCACCACUCAACAAUGUUAUCCAGUUGCUUUUCUAUUUGGAAUAGCAGCCGGAUCAAGCAAUGCUGCAUACUUCACUGCUGGAUAUGUCGUUAGUGCCGGUGAUAAUCUAAUGUGCAUGAAGAGUAAAGCAACACCAUCCUUGUCGAGUGGUGGAUCAACGUUAUACAACUCGUCGAUGUAUCUGGAUCUUGGUACACUCUGCUAUUAUCCAAUUGAUCCAACUAAUGCAACAGCUAGUACAUUAGUCGUUCACGCAAAUGUUCGUGUGCCAGUGACGACUACAGUGGCAGUUAAUAAUCAACUAUCUGUUACUAUCUCGGCAUUGAUUAACAAUAAUCAAUCUUUUGUCAAUACUAGUUAUCCCUUAAUAGUGAAAAGCUACACUAGUUACACAGGUUUCACAUUAUUCUCCAAUGAUUCAUCCAACGUAGUUCUAGGAGUCAGUAACUCAACUAUUCAAAGCGGUAUUCGUCAACCAGUUACAUUCGACUUCAAAGUUUAUCUACCAACGUAUUCUCAAGGCCGUUUGCAACUACUUAUUGCCAGUGUACCAGUCUCGAGUGCUGUUUCAGUCGAUAUUCUCUCAGCUACUGUCCUUUCUGCUGGUAUAAAUGUUGGAUCGUUUAUGUACGAAUAUGCUCUCGGAAAUAAAUAUCAAUGGACAUACUCCUCAAGUGUCGCCGGUUCAACUUAUCAAGAUACAGCCUAUCUUGAUCUAGGUGUAGUGACAAAUACAGGAAUUUCAACAAUAAUAAGUAAUUUUUCAAAUGCAACCGAUAAUUUUAUCGCUGUUCGAGCAACUGGCUAUUUAACUGAUAAUCCGUUAGCAGAAACAAACUUUGCAUUUACUGUGGGUUUAACUGCAACAUUUGCAGGAUAUAAUAUCACACAAACAUAUUCGAAUGUUGUUUCAAGAAAUGGAACUGAAAGACCAAUCAUGAUUGUCAAUCGCACCGACUUAACAAGCGGCACUUAUCUUAUGGGAUCAACUUAUAGUGGUAAAAUUCAAUACAGUCACGCAAACAAUUCCACUGCUGAAUGUAUCAAUGCUCAAAUAAUCAUCUACUUACCAACAUGGAUCUCACUCCAGAGCUAUAAUUCAACUACGAUUGGAACAAACUACACCACUGAUAACAGUUCAUACGUUCUAUUCAAUUUGGGUACAUUACUUUUCAAUGAUGCAGGCACAUUGACAUUUACUUUGAACAUCGGUACAUCGAAUCAAAUGGCAUUGGUCUAUCAACGAUACAACUCACCCAUAAUUACAAUUCCACAUGAAUUUCUCUGUAUGAAACGAGCAAGAACAAAUGUUGCAUACUAUCCUGCAUCAACAGUAUUUGUGUUUCAAGACGUUAUUUCUUUAUCCACAUCCAUGACAUCAGUGGCUUCGACUUAUUCCAAUAUUCUCGGUGGAUUAGACUCUUGUCAAUUCAGUAGUAGUGUUCGAGGAUCAGAUGCUUCCUUAGUUAGAUCAAGUGGUUGGCAAACAGGAUAUCGAUCACAUCAAUGGAUGUUAUCCGGUACUACUUAUAUGCAAAUCAGCUUUGGCAAUUUAACGUUAGUUAACAGCAUUCAACUGACUGUUCCAGCAGCAUUUGCACCUAUUCUUUCGAUUCAAAUUGGUUACAGCUGGGAUGGAGUUAGUUUUGCGGUAGAUUCAAUGGUUUAUCCUGUUAAUGGUAGUUCAUCGUACAUUGUUCCACUGGCCAGUUCACUCCUCAUUCGAUAUCUACGUAUUUAUAUUAUUGAUGUUGUACAACCAAGUGAUUUAUUGACGAAAACGAGCGGCUUUGUUUUGAAUGUAACUGGACUCGUGAAUACUUCAGAUACUACUGUUGCAAGUGUUUGUUCCUCUACGUCGAAUGCACUUAAUGUCCGAUCAGUACUUGUUGCCCCACCAACUCAAACAGGUCUUACGUAUGCGGACGAUGUCUAUGUUUGUGAUGAAUCAAUCACAAGAACUUCAUUCUUAUGUCAUGUUCUUCUCAAUGGUGGUACAUCAUCAUCAGCUACAUGGAUUGCUUUAAAUACAACGGUAGCAAAUAUCAAUUUAUUUGCUUUCGAUACUAGUGAGAAAACUCAAUCUCUCUAUGGUUAUGCACAAGAUGGCGUUUCAAUCAUUCGAAGUAAUGAUCGUGGUUUAACAUGGCUUGUCACCGAUCAAACAGAACUUUCUAAUGUGACAGUUCAAUGUGGCAGUACAAAAGUAUGUCACACCAGCAAUACGUAUGGACUAACAGUUGGUGCACCGGGUGUGACAGCAAUGCAGGCUGGUAUUAAUCCAUGGGCAGCAUCCGUUCAAGGUCUCUGGACUCAGUCAUCCGGUGGAGCUUUAGUCUUCGAUUGAAGUGACGCUAUGAGAUCUUUUCAAAUGAUGCGAUAUGGCCGACGGACAUUAACUUUACCAGCAAGUGACUUCGUCCAGUCGAUGGGACACUCGGGUGAUUCAACGAUGCUACGACGUCGAAAUUCGAUGUCAGUGUGGAGUAGUCUCUGUCGUCAAAAUUCGUUUCAAAAUGAGGAAAAUGAAGAUGUGACAAUAGACAGCAGCGAAAGAGAGCAUGUUAACAAAAUAAGAAGCAUAACAUAUAUAACAAAUAGAAUCUCGAUAGAUUCGACAUUGUCUAGUGAAAACAAACCAAUGGAUUCAUCGAAAGUGACAACAACAUUAAAUAAGCGAACUACAUUAAAUGUACAACAAGCCGUACCUAACGUUGAAUACAUUCAUGGGGCUCGUCGAACGUCAUUUAAUAAUGGUCGACGAUUGAGUUUUCAACAACAGGAGCUAACCGAAUCGUCGAAGUCAAAAACGAAUCUGAGAAACUUCUACGUUUUCUUCGUGUUACUUUUUCUUUUUAUUUUCCUCGCUGUAGUUUAUUCUUUUAUUCGUAUGAUAAAAAAUCAGAAUUCAUAG